GACUUGGUCUGUGCGAGAAUUUCGAAAGUUCAGAAUUUCCCGAGCAGCAGCCCAUGCCUGCAACACCGGCCCGCAUACGUUGCUAGGAAGGAUUUUUCGCACGCUUUGCUUUUCCAGGACAGACACAGUGACGGACGACUAUCUUCACAGUCCUGCCCACCGGCUGUACCGACAUGGCCCCUCGCGCGGCCUCGCCGGCGCUGUCUGAGAAUGAAUUCGACAUCGGCGCCGCUCUGUUCGGAGGAGACGAGAACAGUGCGGAUGACAAGGGACCUCUCCAAGAUCUGGGACUAGAUCUGGAAGGUGGCAGCGAAGAUGGUUCAGACGACGAGGCUUUUAUCGCCGCGACGCAAGCGGCUUCGAACAGGAAGACUUCAAAUCUGAAGGGGCAUACAGUCAAGAAAGGAGGAGGUUUCCAGGCAAUGGGCUUGAAUGCUGCGCUUCUCCAAGCUAUCGCAAAAAAGGGUUACAAGGUUCCGACGCCCAUACAACGACGCGCCGUGCCUCUCAUCUUGGAUCGCCAAGACGUAGUUGGAAUGGCACGUACCGGCUCUGGAAAGACCGCAGCGUUCGUUAUACCUAUGAUCCAGGCACUAAAAGGCCAUUCGGCCAAGUUCGGCGCCCGUGCAAUCAUCAUGUCGCCUUCGCGAGAGCUGGCUUUGCAGACAUUGAAAGUUGUUAAAGAACUGGGCCGUGGCUCUGAUUUGCGGACUGUUCUUUUGGUCGGUGGAGACAGUCUCGAUGAACAAUUCAGUUCAAUGACUACGAAUCCCGAUGUUAUCAUUGCCACUCCUGGACGGUUUCUUCACUUGAAAGUAGAGAUGGGAUUAGACCUCUCCUCCGUGAGGUACAUUGUGUUCGACGAAGCAGACCGCUUGUUCGAGAUGGGUUUCGCCGCCCAACUGGCCGAGAUCCUUCACGCACUGCCCAUGUCUAGACAAACCCUCCUUUUCUCGGCCACGCUCCCUAAAUCCCUGGUUGAGUUUGCAAGGGCUGGUCUUCAGGAACCGAGACUGAUACGUCUUGAUGAUUCCAAAGUCUCACCAGAUCUUGAAAGUGCCUUCUUCACCGUGAAGACCGGAGAAAGAGACGGGGCCCUCCUGCAUUUACUCGACAAAGUUAUCAAACUACCACCUGGUGAGACCGAGAACGCGAAGAAGGCCAAAAAGUUGGAGGCCGCAGGUGCAGGCAAGAAGCGUAAGCGGGGACCUGAUGCUCCUAACCCACGAGAGUCUCCAACCCCAAAUUCUACGGUCAUAUUCGCAGCUACUAAGCAUCGAGUUGAGUAUCUGGCAAGCCUAUUGAAGGCUACAGGCUACUCUGUUUCAUACGUGUACGGCAAUUUGGAUCAGACUGCCCGAAAAUUACAAGUUCAAGAUUUCAGGGCUGGUUUGACAAACAUUCUCGUCGUGACCGAUGUCGCCGCACGUGGACUGGAUCUGCCAUACCUUGCGAACGUUAUCAACUACGACUUCCCUUCCCAACCUAAGAUUUUCGUUCAUCGCGUUGGAAGGACAGCAAGAGCUGGAAGAAAGGGUUGGAGCUACAGUCUAAUUCGAGAGUCCGAUGUGCCUUAUCUCAUUGAUCUCCAGUUGUUCCUGGGCCAACCUCUGCUUUCCGAGAAAACACCCGGUAUGGUUCCAAACUACGCCCAGAACGUAGUAGUGGGUACUUUUGUCCAAGAUGAACUUGCGCCUGAGGUCGAGCUUGUCAACAGACUACACGACGACGACGAAGAUCUAGUCAAUCUUCAAAUCGUCGCGGGCAAAGGUGAAGCUCAGUAUACGAGAACGAGGAACUCCGCCAGCAACGAGUCAGUGAAGCGCGCAAAGCAGCUGCUGUCAGCACGCAGUCUUUCCAACACACAUCUUCUUUUCAGUGACGACGUGCACGACGCCUUGCGCGAGAAAGAGAAGAUGUUGGAGCGAAUCAGCUCUUUCCGCCCCACGGAGUCGAUAUUCGAGAUCGGACACCGGGGCACAGGUAGCGAAGCUGCUGAGAUCAUGAAGAAGAGACGGCAAACAAUUGACAGGAUGAAACAGAAGCAGGCGUCCCAGUCCAGCAUGUCCGAUGAGGCUUACGGCAAAACAGCGCUAUCGAAGGAUGCGGGUGUUCACAACGUGGCCUCAGUAGACGGAGAGGUGCCUGAAGAUGCGGACUUGGGGUCUGAAUCGGAUGAACUUGAGAUCUCCGUUUCGCAACCCGCCGAUCGCAACACGAGUCAAGAUGAUUGGCAGAACUCUGAGUUCUUCAUGUCGUAUGAACCGAAAGGUGUGAACGCAGCGGAAGAACGAGGAUAUGGUGUUCAUACAGGGUCGUACAACACGGCACAACAAGCUUCAAACUUCGUUGAAAGUGCCAGGGCCGCGCAAAUGGAUCUCACGAAUGAUGAAUCGCGGGGAUUCGCUGAGGCUAGCAAAGCUAGGGGUAUGCGUUGGGACAAGAAGUCUAAGAAGUACGUUGCCAAGGUGAACGAUGAGGACGGUUCCAAAGGAGCGAAGAUGAUCGUAGGUGAGAGUGGUCUGAAGAUUGCUGCUAGCUUCCGCAGCGGUCGAUACGAUGACUGGCGCAAAUCAAACAAGGUUGGGCGCCUGCCACGUGUCGGCGAAUUAGAGAAGGCAGGUCACGCAGCACACCAAGGUGGUGGCCGCCACUACAAACACAAGGCAGAAAGGGCACCCAAAGAGGCUGAUCGAUACCGAGACGAUUACCACGCCCAAAAGAAGAAGGUUGCAGAGGCAAAGGAGAAACGUAUCGGGAAGUUCAAGGACGGUGGCGGCAAAAAUGAGCUUAAGGGCGUGGACGAUGUCCGCAAACAACGCCAGCUGGAAGAGAAACGGAAGGAGAAGAACGCAAGGCCUUCCAAGAAACGGAAAUUCUAAACUCAACUCUAAGUCAAUAUAUUGCUUCAUUCUCGCGUUUGGCGAGUAGAGCAGAGGUUUCACAAAGAUGGACAUCCACAGUUUCGUCCAGAUGCUGGAUCUGAACUCGAUCUUCAGCCUUACCAGGCGACAUCGGUACGUACCGAGCGCCCCACGCUACCGUGCUGCGUGAGGACUACGGUAGUAUAGGGUGGCAUCGGA